AUGGAUGGAUCCGGCCCUGAAGUACACCCUGGACGUACCUCCCCACCACCUGCUGGACCAUUUGGCUACGCCUUCCUCUCCCCGAUGGACACUCCUUUCGAACAGGCUCCGGCCUUGCCCCCCGGCCUCCCUCUCCUUGACGAUAACGAAUCUAAUAUGCUCGACAACUUCUUUACCACGAUGAAUGCCAACAACUUUACGAAUGACUUCUGGCUUCGAGGCCAACAAAAUAAACCCUCCGGUCUCAACUUUGAUUGGACUGACGAACUUCCGCCCACCUUCGAGGGCUCAACGACUUCACUGUCGCAACCCUCAUUUCCACCACAAAACCUCAAAAUGAACUUGAUGAACGGCGGCAUCGCCGGUCCCGAUAUCUAUGCAGCAGCCUCAAUGCUGUAUCAAAAUAACGUGAACGAGACCGGUCUCAGUUCUACUCUGGCCCAGCAGGCCUUUGUAGGCCAACCAAUCAACAUAAAUGGUGCUCAUGGCCGGCGAGACUCUCAUCACAUGGCUCCCGCACAAGCAUCUAGCUCCUCCCCGUCUCGACCUCGGGUUCCCACCGGCUUCCACACUUCCGAGAUGCUCUUUGACGUGCGCGACCCGAUUCCGGAAGACCAGCACCCCUCUCGCAAAGUUCGUGGUCUGCACUGGGGCUCGGACGGAAGCUUCAUGGACCAAGGCUAUGUCGCACCCCCUGACCAGCCCGAUAUGGAGACUCGCACGAGGGAAUUGCUAGAUCAUCUGGACUGCUUCGAACCGCAGACCAGCGCAGCCAACACGCGGGCUCCCAGUCCCGAGCGUGUAGUCGGUACCCAUGGUCAACGCACCGCCUUCCGUCAGGCCGAUGAAGAUGAUAGCGCUCAACCCCGCAAACGACAGCGUACCGUCAAGGCGAAUGGUGAUCAAUACUCUGACGAGGAUGAUUCGAGAUCGCUAUCCCGGAAAUCCCGAACUCCCAGCAUCGCCAAGGGCCGACGUGCAUCGACGGAUACAUCCCGAAAGGCGAGAGUCACUCCAACAAGCAAGACUCCCCGUGAGAAUCUAUCGGAAGAGCAGAAAAGGACCAACCAUAUCCUUUCGGAGCAAAAACGGCGCAAUCUCAUCCGUCAAGGCUUCGAUGAUCUCUGCUCCCUGGUUCCCGGCCUUCGUGGUGGUGGUUUCAGCAAAAGUGCCAUGCUCACCCAGGCCGCGGACUGGCUUGAGGAUCUGCUCCGUGGCAAUGAAAUCUUACAGAGUCAGUUGGCCGAUAUGAAAACGAUCAACGGGCUGGUAAUGCCUCGAUGA